AUGGAACCAGGGAAUGACACUCGACUUUCAGAAUUUCUCCUUCUGGGAUUCUCAGAGGACCCAGCACUGCAGCCCAUCAUAUUUGGGCUCUUCCUCUCCAUGUACCUGGUCACUGUGGCUGGGAACCUGCUCAUCGUCCUGGCCAUCCUCUCAGACCCCCACCUCCACACACCCAUGUACUUCUUCCUCUCCAACCUGUCCUUGGUGGAUGUCUGCUUCACCUCUACCACCAUCCCCAUGAUGCUGGUGAACAUCCAGACGCACAGCCAAGCCAUCAGCUAUGCAGGCUGCAUCACCCAGAUGUACUUUUUCUUACUCUUUGGAGUGUUGGAUGACUUCCUUUUAGCUGUGAUGGCCUAUGACAGGUUUGUAGCCAUCUGUCACCCCCUGCACCACAUGGCCAUCAUGAAUCCCAGACUAUGUGUGCAGCUGGGUCUUCUGUGCUGGAUCAUCAGUAUCCUACAUGCCUUGUUGCAAAGCCUACUGGUGCUGCGGCUGUCCUUCUGUGCACACCCAGAAAUCUCCCACUUCUUCUGUGAGCUGAACCAGGUGAUCCAGACUGCCUGCUCUGACACCUUUCUCAAUGAUCUUGUGGUCUAUUUUGCAUCCGCGCUGCUGGAUGGAGUUCCCUUGGCUGGGAUCCUUUACUCUUACUCUAGGAUCGUGUCCUCCAUCUGUGCAAUCUCGUCAGCUCAGGGGAAGUAUAAAGCAUUUUCCACCUGUGCCUCUCACCUCUCCAUCGUCUCCUUAUUUUAUUCCACAGGAAUAGGAGUGUACAUUAGCUCUUCUGUUACCCAAAACCCACAAGCAACAGCAAUGGCCUCGGUGAUAUACACCGUGGUCACCCCCAUGCUGAACCCCUUCAUCUACAGUCUAAGGAAUGAGGACAUAAAGAGAGCUCUGAAAAGAUCUUUGGAAUUGAAACCAUGA